AUUACUAUCGGGAAUGGCGGUUUCACCGAAGCUCUCUAUUGACAAAAAGCAAAACAAGGCCCUGGGCGGAGAAGCGGCUCACCAGCCUGGUGGGUAUGUCACAAUUUAAUGGACACAUCCUCCUCCAGUGGAAAAUGAUUCAAAAAUAGGAAACUGCGAUUCAAUGACCCCCGGCAGCCACCCCAUCACGGUCAGGGCUUGACCGCCAGCAACUGCCACAAGCUCCACUCUGGACCCCAGGCCCGGGUCAAGGAUGACGUUUGAAGGUAAGGAUCGCGCGGAGCCAGGGCAGCAAGCAGGAGGAAUGAGAAAGAAGAAAAAAAAAAAGAAAGAGGAAAAAUCUUUACCGUCUUUCCUCACCUUUGUCUCAGCCUUCGUGGUACACAUACAUUGCCAUGAAUGUCAUCUGAUUCAUGGUUCCUUAACAAUUUCUCCUAUGUUUCUUUUCCCCCCCAAAAUACCAGAGUACUACUAAUUCAAAGACUGUCUUGAUUGUGUCUUGAGAACUUGAACUACAUACGACGUAACGAAUAAACGAGGUCACCCUGGCUACGGUAACUUGGUGUUCACUUUACGACUAAAGACGGAAGUCAUUCAUUCACUCGUUCAGCGUCCCUUCCUCAAAAGAGCAUCACAUCUCCCUUCCCACAGAUACCCCAGCUAUCACCAUCAUCAGGUUGUCCAACACAUGAACCCUUUGGUCUAAGCUACCACCGAAAAAAAGCCAUGUGCGAGGGUACGAUCACCACCCUAAGAUGCGACCACAAGCUCGUCCACUUCUCGCGCCGAUGUGAGCAGAGCUGUAUGGAACCCCUCGAGGCUCCUCCAGGUUCGGAACUUCAACUCUCGCUGGACGACACGUGCUCACGGUGCCACAUCUGGCACAGCACAGAAACCAUCAAUGCCCACUAUGACCGCCAGCGCGACGAGCUCACCAAGCAGUAUCGCCUCGCUGAGCCAACCUCCAACGAAGCACGCGCGCUGGUGCGUCUCAUCGGCCGCCUGCAUACUCAGCAGGUCGAGGCCCUCUCCCGCGCCACUCGCAGUGGCUUGCGCCAUGGUGCACUGGAUGUCAAGUGGCCUGGGAAGACCGAGGAAGAACCAUUUGUGCCUCGCAGAAAGUCAAUAGUCUAUGGAAGGAAUAUGUUUGUCACCGUAAAAUGGACUUCGGACGGUGAAACCGACUAGGACCGGCCGCUUGGAGAGACCAGCAUAACCUACCUAACCACAACUGCAAUUGCGGAAGAUUCAAAAUAUGACCGCAGCUUGAAAAUCCACCAUGGCUUGGUUUCAAAGCUGCCAUGCCUUGCCGAAACCUAUCCACUUGCCGCAUCGCAGGUUGUUCAUCGAUACUCGACGAUAUAUUCCGAAAUGAGUUUAGGCUCAAGCAGCACAGCCUGACGCAAGAUCAACUAUCAACCCACUAAUAUGGACUUCCAUCCAGGGCUCUGUCUUCGGAUGUCAUUAUCAGGCACUACCGUAAAGGCAUCGGAGUCGAUUCAGAGGAUGGGAAUAAUGAAAUCAUUCUACAAGAAUACAUAGAGAGCGCCGCAAGGCAUUAUACCAUAUGAAAUACCAUA